AGUAGUCAGAUCUACGACAUUCCUUGCUUCACCAACUUAUCGCUAACUACUAGCUAGUGAAUUUUCAAUUGUAGCUGGGCGAGUUUCUGGCAAUAAUUUAGGCAGAAAUGACCAACUCGGCUCAAGGGUCUAUAAAGCCGUUCACACCAUUGCUUCGCGUUGACACUGAAUCGCUCACUCCUCCAUCCCAUAUCAAGUCAGGUCACGAUGGCUCUCCCGGCGCGAUGUAUAGUGCUACCCUUACUCCUUCUCCCUCGUUCUACAUCCCACUUUCCCCCAAUGUAGACAAAUCUUCUCCUUCGGCCCAGUUAGCCAGGAUGGCACUCUCACAACGUGACUCUGCAGAUCAUGCCAAAGAGGAGUCGAGAAAGCUAGUAGGCUUGCUUCUUGACCAGCUUUCUUCCAGAACGCGUCCUCCCCCGAUUUUUGAUGCGUUAAAUGUUCAUGCUACUUCACCGGCUGAUGCGGGUCUAGGACACAUAAUUGGAGCAGUACGCAAUGUAGUUAAACAGAAGUCACACAAACGCGGCACCUCAACCCCCGUUUUGCGAUCCAUGAAGGAAGAUAGUGACGAUGAAGGGAGUGGCAAUGUUGUUUUCUCUUCUGAAACCACAUUUGACCUAAUGGUCCAAUUGAAAGAAGUCUUGCUAUUUUCUGCAUCGCAGGGCUGGCAGAUAUUUGACCAAGGAGCUUCUGGCCCGGGUACAGAUACCUAUCCCGGACAAUUCACUAAAUCAUCACCAUUCAGCAUUCGCAGCUCCAUGAGGAGGAGUAGCAUUAGCGGAAGGCGAUCAAGGUCCCCCUCGCCUUCGUCAAAGGGAUACUCACAAGCUGCUUCACUUCUCUCCCUCUGCAUUUCCAUCCUUUCUUCAGUGAUCUCGGAAGACUGUCGCUUUCAAAUUUCAUCGCCCAGACCAUCGAAGCCUCCCAACGCGCUGCAAUCAGUGUGCCUAGACAUCGCCCAAUUUCUUGCACAUGUUCACUGCAACGAACCAUCAGUAACCUCCCGUAUUGCCUUUGCAGUUAUUCCUGCAUUCGGGACGUUUCGAAGUGAGAUGCACCCGCGUUUGAUGUCGUUUUUCGACAACGUGAUACUUAGGGGAGUGUUCGAGGAUCUAACUCGAAUCAGGGGAUAUGUUUCUACCGAUAUUUCGGAAGACGAACUUGUCGUUAGUCAUGACCAAGCAAACCCUGUUUCCAUUCAAGUUGAAAUGGCUCUUGACGACGAAGAGAGUUCAUCUCGCCAGACAGCUUCGUGGCAGCCUUGGACGUCUCUAGCCUCUGCGAGUCACCCUCGUAUUCGGGCCACAAAUGCACCUCUUCAGCCUUUACCUGUCUAUUACCUGGCCUCUAUCACUCCUCCGCUGUUGGCCACCAUUUUAGAAAACACUGACACUGCUUCGUUGCCACCCUCGUACAGUUUAUGCCGGCUGCUUGAUACGAUAAUCAGCUCUAAGCCAGACUCAUAUUUGGAUAUAUUGGAAGUGAUAGCAUAUCACGUACCUCAGAGUCGUCGCUCUGCUCUAUCCUUGCUGGCAACUUUCUGGCCACGGGCUCUUGGGCAUGUCGUCAUCAGCAAGGCCCUGCCUAUCUUUGUUCAAGGGCAGCAACCUUGGACAGAUGGUAUGCCCAACGCUCUGUUGCAAUCAAGCACUUUAUGUGCUCACGAUUUUGUACCAUGGAGAUUCCAGCAGUCACAGCGGCCAUCGGCAUUUGACGAAACCUCUUCAAGUUCCUGUCGGACAUGCGCUUCCUCUAUCACGGGGUUCGGACUUCUCUGCUGUGGAUGUAUGUGCGCUGUGCAUUUUGAUUGCUAUGACUAUCCGGAAGGCAAUGUUCAUCAUCAGUACGUCGUGGCAUCCGAUUCCGAAACACGAAAAUUGGCCGUCCACCGUUUUUGCCUUAUUUCCUCAUCUAAGCAGGAUGCCGACAUCGUGACUGUGAAACGAGCUCAACACAAUUUCAGACACGUCAACCUCUUUACCCUCCCUAUUUGCUUUCAUUGUUUUCUGCCGAUAUGGGGUUGUCAGGCGCUUCACUGUACGACAUGCAAGCUUUUUGUGCAUCUCACAUGCCUCGAUCAACCACUCGCAAUUUGUGGAAUUAUAGACAUCAGCUCCAUUCAUAUGACGGUGUCACUGGAUAGCAUCAGUCGAACGUUUGCGGAUUAUUACGGGGAUAUCUUCCUCUCCUCCGAAGAUCUGGGACAGCGGAGUUUUGAGGAGAUUUCUGUGUCAUCCGCCAUGCUCUGGACGCAGCUGCAAAUCUAUAACAAUGGACUUGCGCUGGGCUCAUUUGUCCUAGCAUCAGAUGGUCAUGAAGAUACAGCAGAGGGAUUUGAGCUGCAAUACCUAGUUGAGCUUUAUGAAGCUUACCUAUCCUCUGGAAAACUGCCCGUCUCUGCGGCUCUGGGAGAAUACCUAGAUGGCAAUCGACACAAUCUGUCCUCUUCGUCAAUCAUGUUUGAUUGGUCAACUUUAGCUUACAUCUCCUCCACCAUCAAGUCAUCGUACGAUACGCAAAAUCUACCAUUAGGGCCUUCGCCAGACUUGCGCGUGUUUGGCGAGAAUGUGGCAACACAGGAUGGCAAUAAUGCAACACGUCAUCCGUUCGAGGUUGUAACUCUGGGGCAUCUCCGUAAUUCUCUGGGUUACGAAUUUAAUAUGCUGUCAGAGGGCCCUGCGCGCCACUGUCUUUCUCAUCUUCACAAACUUGGCUUCUUCACAUGUACGGAUUUCCCCACAUGCGUACCCGAGCCUACAAAGUCAAGCCAACGCUGUUACUUCCCACUCCCGCUGGGCUUUGAUUUGUCCGCUGAUGUGGAGACCCUUGUGUCAGCCAUCGAGGCUUGCCUUUCAGAUUUGGAUCUUUCGGUCAACGAAUACGCCUUCUUACUCUUGGUAAGGCGCUUCUGGCCUAGUGGACUAGCAUCGGAAUAUGCCCUGCGCAGGUUGUCUCACGCCGUACUAUCCUGGAUUUUUGCUGAGGACGACAGUCUGGCAAAGAUUCUUCGUGACUUCAUCCCAAAAGGGAUCAGUCUCCCAGGCGUUCGGAGUGCAUCUGAUACUCCUGUGUGGCCGACGGCGCAUGACGCGCGUCGCGCACCAAGCAGUUCCGUCAAUAAUGGUGGAGACUAUGUGGCAGCCAGGCGUUCUCUCUUAUCAAGAUAUGCCGCCGGAUGGCUUCUAGCACUACAUGAUCAAGAUGUCGUCACGUACGCUCGAUUAUUAUCUGAGAUUAUCCAGGAUAUUGCUACGUGUCUCGGAAGUUCAUGUCCUGAACCAUCGUCUACCGCGGAGAGAUCACUGCGCUUCAUAAUAAGACUGUGCAGAGCUUCAGUCGAUUUCACAGCGCUUGAUGACCUAUUUCUCAUGUGGCUUCAAACACUCGAACCUGAGGUGCUCGAUACAGCGUCUCUUCCAAUUCUGCAACGUCUCCUCAAUCGAGAUUCAGCCGAGAGCACAUCUCGUCAUACCACAUUUGUGGACCAAAUUUUUGCGCAAGGCGAUGGGCAUGUGGUGAAGUUAUCUGAUCCAUGGGGUAUGGUUCAACGGGCUGUCAAGCAAAACGGACUGUUGGACAGCCUCCGCUGGCUGAGAUUAUUCGCUCGUUCUGGUGUCGACAUUAACGCACCAAUAUUUGCCGAGUACAGCGAACUGUCGCGGAAAGGUCUUGUGACCUUGAAGCAGGGGUCAGUCUUCGCUGAAGCCACCCUCCUGUCCGCGUGGACGAGGUCGAUGGGUCGACAAGAUCUACAGAAGUCGGUAUCAACUAUGAUCGCCAGCCUACAGCCUGCUAUUCAGAAUGCCCUCCAAUCUUCAGGUGACGAUGCUUCAUGCGCAUCGACUUUCAUCAGGCAGUCACUGGCUACUUGUUUGUUGCUUUACGGAUGUGAUCGUGCCAUGCUGGAUUCAAACGGAAUGAUAACAGAAAAAGAUAUCACAAAUCUCCCUUCAAGGAGAAAGCAGAACACCCGCGUCGCCCACGCCACCGACCCCAUUAUCAUCGAUGGCGAACUAAUGCUCGUUCUCAGUACUCUCGUUGCCACCGGCAUGGAACAGGUCAUCUGCCUUAUCGCCAAAUUCCUACACUCUUUCAUUAUGCACGCUUCGCUACUCGAGGCACACGAGGUCGAUAACUUCGUGUUGCGCAACGAAAGCACCCUGUAUCCCUGUAUCUGGCACUUUUACGGGAUCCAGCACCACGAGAUCGCAAGCAUUAGGACCACCUUAUUCCUCAGAAUAUUGAUUGUUGACCCACAAUCAUUCCAUGAAUUUGUGUCCUUGAUGAGUGGAUCAACAGUGGCAUGGGACAUCAGACUCCUGGCUCUGGAUAGACUCUUUCGCAUGACACUCGAUAUUACCAGUCCCGACUUUGUGGUUGAAAAUCGGCCCUGGAAACACAGCGUCAUAGACCUCUUCUACCACGUCUUCGAGCCGCUCUGGAUCGACGAAAAGGAAGAAGUAAGGACAACAGUGGAUACUUGGUUGCGGACAUUGCUUUCAGCCCAUUUGGAUGCCAUUGCAUCAUGCUGGGACGACGUCUUUCCCUCCCUACCUGUAUCAGAACGUCUCCGGCUGGUCUCCUUUCUCCUUCAGCUCCAAUCACAUUUCCCAACGUGGAGAGUGCUUUCGUGGGCUACAAUUAUUGAGACGCUCCUCGAAUACGAUUACUUGGAAUACAACAGCAACGACGAAGAUGGCCCUGCCGCUGCUCACCUUGAAAUGUACGGUUUGAAGACUCAAAAUGAUGCUCACCCUCGAGAUUUAGACCCGGUCAUUCACUCCAUUCAGAUAUCGAUUGCGCUGCUUGGUCUGCGUAUGAUGAAAAACGGAGUCGAGAUUGACCUAACUUCAUGUCUGAAGUUCAAGCUGUAUACGGCCAAGAUAGUUGGCUUCAGCGGGGCGCAGAUGAUCUCUGCAUUCAACAGCCGGACAUUCGCGAUCCACUUGGAUGGCUUCGUUGGAAUUCCAACACAGUCUUUGCCGUGUGUGAACGAAUUUGCACGCAUCCUGGAUGCCCCCCAUCCAUUUGACUUGCCGCCUUCUCUUAUGAACAGUCCGUUUACCGAAGACGAUAAACCUUGUCGUGUUCUUAUCGGUUCCAUUUGGAUGGAUGUUGUGCUGGGUGCUUUCUGUGCCAUGGACGAACCACUCAAGCUCCCACCUCUUACCUUGAAGAGCCUACUGGAAGCACUAAUGGCAAUGAUUUAUAAGCAUGACUUUGAUAGCCCCGCACUCAGACAUCUCGAUGUUCUACUCCGGAGGGCAUUGAAGAAAACUUUAGACCUGUUGUUGGUCGACCUAAGUUAUGACACGCGUCAAGUGGCAUUAUCUGUGAUAGAGACAUACAUCAAGAGGGAUUCCGCCAUAUCCGGCGCACUAGUGACGGAAUCAGUCGAACGUGCUGUUGCACUGGUUGCCUUGUUGAAACAUAACGCCGAAGAUAUGCUAGUCACUCAAGCGAAAUCAUUUAUUGAGAACACGCUUGUCACAUUGGCACCCAGUGGAGUGUUCUGCAGUCUCUGCAAACGCCCGCUUGGCUCUGAUUUUUUUACCGUAAUAAAAUCCAUCGUAGAAGAUCAAUCCCGCAGGGCAUCCUCGUCACGGGACAGCCUGCAAGAAGUUCUUCUGCAGAGUGUCGUAACCCAGCCCCCAGACGCAGAUUGGAAGAUCAAUCACAAUAUUGCUCUGAACGUGAAGGAAUACACGGAGUCGAUCUACUUUGAAGGGCUCAGCAAAUGGUUGAUCAAAGAUCUUAUAACAUGGCUUACCGUAACGGCACGCCGAGCAUCGGCUUUGGGGAACAACGCCGGAUUUGACCCCAAUCUGCUACUGUACAUUUCUGCGACUAUUUUGCAGUACAACAUAGCACAUGCCGAGGAACUCCUUGAGUGCACAGAAACGGUGCUAAGGGUCGCAUUGUCGAGGUCCAAUGUGGAGAAACAAAGUCUAAUUCGAGCAUUGCACGCUGUCAGUUUGCUGAGUGAUACGUCUCUGAGUUCGAAGGAGGACUUUGUAUCGUCCAACACCAACCGCGUAGCGCAAAUCUUGUUGGAAGUUCUGGAGGAUGUCUUUCGAGCCAGAACACGAGUCACGCCUUCGACUUUAAAUGCCAUUGUCGAGACGAUUCUCUGCACUGAUGUCCGAAUUUACUCAAGCCCCGAUCGAGCUGGCACAGUUGGACUACGACAAGUGGCAUGCAGUGGACUUUACUUUCUACACAAUCAUGCCUGGAUAAUUUCUGAGUCAAGCGCGGAGUUAUCUGCCUCGAUUGCCGUUUCGCGAUUGGUCCUCCAUGCUAUAGAUGUUGGGCACACUUCGCUUCCAGAGAUGAUUGCCGAAGGUUUCGAGAAAUCCACACAAGCUGGCACAGUAGUCCGCGCCUGGAAUAUUCUGCUGCUCGGUGUGCUUAGUGACUCUGCCGACAGGCACAUUCGGGCCCUGUUAACACAGUUAAAUGUCUUCACGCCGGCAUAUUACAAGUGUUUGGGUCCAUAUGUGCAUGAAGGGAUAACACCUUCCGAAUCCGCUGUGGCAGAUGUAGAACAUGCUUUCAUAGCUCUCAAGCUGUGGCUGUUACUUGCACAAAUGCCGCUUGUCAACUCGACACGAGAGUCACCCAACGUGAAAGUCAUUUGGAACGAGUUAUGGCCUCCAUUUGAGGCGCUGGUAGAUCUUUUCAAAGUCGACAGCGUCCCGGAAGAUCUCUUGCCACUGGCAACGACAAUAUGGUCUUCCGUAGCAAACCUGUUUCUUUUCGUGCUCCAAUCACGUUCACCUGUGGGGUUGGACACCAUACCACAUGCAGCAAUGCUAAAUCGCUUGCGUGACUCUGGAAGACGAAACUCCGCACUUAGCAAGCUGUCCCGUGCUUUAGAUGGAGAGCUUUUGCCCGAGUUGCUGCCGAGCGCGGUUGUUACCCAAGCAAAGCAGGAUGUUGAGAAUGCAGAAAAGCUGCGAGUGCUGGAAAACGUGCAGCGACCCGUGGAACGUAGAAGGGACAUGUGGAUUCCUACAUAG